AUUUAGAACAAGCACGAAUUAGAUCUAAUUAUGAUGAAUUAAAUAAUAAAAAAAGAAAAUUAAAUAACUUUUUAGAUACUGAUGAUUUAUUAGAAGAUAAUAAUCUAGAUAUUAGUGAAUGUUCAAGUAAAGAAAUUAAAAGAAUUAGAAAUGAUCAAGGAUUAAAUAGAUUACUUAAAAAGAUUUAA